GCCCGGAGGAGUGUAACUGUUGGGAGGAAGUCUGUAAUUGGUGAUUUAUAUGAGAGGAGGAGAAAUUUUGCAUUUAGUUUGAAUUUUCCAGAUUUUAAACAUUUUUCCAUUUCUUCUCCUUCUCCUGAAUUUUGCGGAAUGAUUUUUACGGUAAUGUUGUAUACUCACUUAUCUUCUUCUUCUUCCUCUUCCUGUUGUUGUUGGGACCUGGAAGGAUUGAAUUCAAUGGAGUCGCUUAUUUAAACUGGUAAUUUAAUUCGGCUAAACAGGAUGAAGAAGUGCCGCCGGAGUAUGAGAGGGUGGGAGAUGAUUCCAGCGGCGCUCUCUACUCGAUCGACGACGGGCUUACCGCUGCAGGGUUUGGGAAAUUCCAGUUCUGGGUGCUAGCUUACGCAGGGCUGGGCUACCUUGUGGACGCCAUGGAAGUGAUGAUUCUGUCCUUUAUUGGGCCCAGGGACGGAUCCAGGAUUUCUAUUCAAGGGGGGUGAAAUUUUUCGGUAGUGUAGGGGGUGAAAAAAAUUUCGUUAGUGUAGUGGGGCAAAAUUUUUUCCCUAGUGUAGCGGGGCGAAUUUUUUCCGCUACUGUAGGGCUAUGCGGCUAAUUUUAUUCAAAAAAUGACAUUAAUACAUACACAUCCCCAAUGACAUUUAAAUCUAUUAAGUAGUACGUUCUAAGUUUAAAUUAGAUGAUGACAAAGACAUCAACCAAUACAUUUUUAAUAACUUCUACAUUGUUUAACCUCAUGAAUCGGUUAUUAUUGAAUUGUAAUUUUUGUCCGGCCACCAAGGAGGGUGUUCGUGAGUCAUGACUCAUGAGAAGUUUUCUUAAUAUUACAAUAGUAGUAUGUAUGAUAUUAUUAUUUUCAGAAUAAUAUGCACCACAUACACACACAUAUAUGGUGCAUAUUAUAUUUUAAUAUUUGUAUUAAUGCUAUAAUAAUUUAAAGUUUAUUAUCUAUGCAAUAAAUUAUUUUUAGAAAGCAAGAAGUAAAUGAAUUAUGUAAUUUAAUGUCAAUAAACAUUUAUAUUUUGGAUUCAUUUUACGUGAUCUAAAAACUGUGUAAUUAGUGUAUCUGAUAUUUAAUAUUGUUUGAUAUAUAUUUUACAAAAUAUAAUAAAACACUACAAAACAAGUACUUGUUAUCUAAUAAAGAUAAUUAAACACUACAAAACUAGGAAUUCUUAUAUAAUAAGUAUCCUAAAUCUUAAACAACGAGUUAUUCUAUUGUUUAUUUGUUUAAGUUAUGUAAUUAUUUUAGAUGUUCCUUCUUUUAAAUCUUCAAUUAAGUAUUACAUUAUGUAACACUAUAUAUUAAUUUUGAAAAUUAAAAGAUAAGGGGGGCGAAUCUAAUUAAAUUAUGAAAGUUUUAUGAAAAUAUUACAUAUAUGGUAGAAAAUUUUGAAAGUCCAAGGGGGGCGGUCGCCCCCCCCCGCGCCCCCCCCCCCUAAAUCCAUCCCUGAUAUUUGGGCCCUCUGUUAAGUCCGUUUGGGGGCUCUCCGAUUCCCAGGAGGCCUUUAUCACCACCGUUGUUUUCACCGGCAUGCUCAUCGGAGCUUAUUCCUGGGGGCUCCUCUCUGAUCGUUAUGGAAGAAGGAGGGCUAUACUGAGCAUAGCAAUAGUGACUGCCAUAUCAUCUCUUUCAAGCGCUUUUUCCAUGACUUAUAUAUACUUGCUCAUUCUUCGUUCUAUGGUUGGUACUGGCCUGGGUGGCGCAUCUGUUUACUUUUGUUGGUUUCUAGAGUUUGUGCCUCCUCGAAACCGGGGCAUCUGGAUGGUUAUCUUUUCAACAUUCUGGACUCUUGGAGGUAUUCUUGAGGCUGUUUUGGCAUGGGUUGUUAUGCCAAAGUUGGGUUGGAGGUGGUUGCUUGCACUAUCAUCGAUACCAUCAUUUGCCACACUUGCCUUUUAUGGUCUCAUAGUAGAAUCUCCUAGGUACCUGUGUUCCAAGGGAAGGGUAAAAGAUGCUCACAGUAUCUUGCAAAGGAUGGCUGCGGUGAACAAAACAAAACUUCCAACUGGAAUGCUUGUUUGUGAGAAAACUAUUGGUGCCAAUGAAGAAGCUUUACCAUCAAAGGAAACAGGCAAUUGUGCUAAUCUUAGAGGCGGAUUCUCUUCUCCGUUUGCAAUAUUGUCACCCAAAUUAAUGGGAACUACCCUUCUCAUAUGGACACUGUAUUUUGGGAAUGCAUUUUUGUAUUAUGGAGUUAUACUAAUGACCUCAGAGCUUAGCAGUGGCCAAACUAAAUGCCUCUCAACUACUUCAUCAGGCUUGAGCAGUAACUCUAACCUAUAUAGAGAUGUCUUUUUCACCAGUCUAGCAGAGGUUCCUGGUCUUAUUUUAGCAGCAACCUUGGUGGACAAAGUUGGUCGGAAAAUUACAUUGGCGCUUAUGUUCGCAUUGGGCUUUCUCUUUGUAUUACCAAUUGGUUUACAUCAGAAUGAGACUUUAACCACUUUCUUAUUAUCCGGAGCUCGUAUGUGUUUCAUUGGGACAUUCACAAUUGCUGUGAUAUAUUGCCCUGAGAUAUAUCCAACUUCUGUGAGGAACACAGGGGCCGGAGUUGCCAACUCGGUAGGGCGAAUUGCAGGGAUGAUAUGUCCCAUGGUUGCUGUUCAAUUGGUUAACGGCUGUGAAAUAAAGGCAGCGAUAUUUUUAUUUGAGGUUGUAGCGAUUGUUGCAGGAGUUGCUGUUCUGCUAUUCCCUAUAGAAACCAAAGGUCAAGAGCUAGUUGAUACAUUAGUUCCAUGAACUAAGAGACUAUAUGGGGUGUUUGCCAAAUUAUGUUAGCUAGUUGUCAAUAGCACAUUCAAUCAACGAGUUUGACUAGCGGAAUAAGUUAGUGGGUUGUCAGAAAAUGUUUAAAUUAGUCGAAAGCAUCAUAUCUAAAGCGCUAACUCAAAACUCUCCUAUUAACAAUGUU